AUGUACACGUACAUCAUCACUUCGUCUGUGCUGUCGCUUAUCCUGAUAAAGGCAGUUUCCAUGCUAAACUUCACAGGUAUGGACAUGCACAAGAAUGGCUGUAAGAAAAUACCCGAGGGUGCCGGUAUUGCCCCCCUCGUAUCUUUCCUGCUCCACCUGGGUGUUCUCAAUAAACUGGACAGUAGACUGGUUGUAGCGUUUUACAUAGCCGUGCUAGACGACAUUAUAGAGAUGCCAUGGAAAGAAAAAAUUAUUUUUCCGAUGCUAUUGGCAUGCAACGAUAUGAAAUUGAAUGAGAUGAGUGUUGCAUACGUUCUGUACAGAAUUGUGAUAACUGUGUUUUCGUGUAACUGCAUAAAUAUAUUGAGCGGCAUCAAUGGCGUAGAAAUUGGGCAGGUGAUCAUAAUAAUGCUGUCAUUAACAACGCUUAAUAACGUUGAUAAGCUUCUUGUAACUCUUUUUCUGAGCAGUUCGAUGCCUCUUCUCUAUUUGAACGCCUAUCCAAGCAAAGUUUUCAUAGGAAAUGCGUAUCUGUUUUUUGCGGGCUAUCUCAUUAUUUUCUUGGAACAGAGGCUGAUUUUGCUGUUCUAUGGUCUGCAAAUUCUGAAUUUUGCAGUAUCCUUGCCACAAAUUUUGGGCUUUUAUCAUUGCCCAAGGCACAGGAUGCCGGGAUACGAUGGCACGUUUCUCAAACCAAGCUAUUUCCGAAGUGACAAAAUGAAUAUGACGCUGCUAAAUUACCUUUUAAUGCUUACUGGUCCUAUGAAUGAAGGCGUGUUUUGCAAUCUUUUUUUUCUGCUGCAGGUGGUCUACUGCACCACGGCCAUCCUUAUUAUUAAAUGGCGCCGUUUGGAAGAGCUGGUCGAGAAGAUAGUUAAAGUGAUUGCUUGA